AUGACAGGAUAUACAUUUUCAACAUUAUUGAAUGAAGAUGAUAAACAAAGAAUCAAUGAUAUCUAUAGUUUCUGGUUUGGCACUACCGAUGAAGAUCUACUGAGAGUUGCCAACUACAAUUUGAAUUUCAAACUUUGGUUCGUAACAAGCGAGGCCGGUGACCUCGACAUUAAAAAUAGGUUCCAAGCGACUCUAGAGGAAGCGGGUCAACCGGAUUCACCGCUUCUCGCCCGUUGGCGUUCCGAUCAUCGUGGAAAGAUGGCUCUCAUUCUACUGUGUGACCAAUUCUCUAGAAAUAUGUUUAGAGGCACCGGUCAGAUGUUCCAAUACGACCCUAUUUCGUGUGGAAUCGUAUUGGAUAUGCUUAGUGAAAACUCGGACAAGUCAUACUCCUUCCCGGAGAGAAUGUUUUUCUAUGUCGUACUGGAGCACUCGGAACAACUUGACAUUGUCGAGAGAUCGGUGGAGAAGACCAAAGAGUUGGCAGAGGACGCCAAAGAAGUAUCACCGAUCUACGGCGGUGUUGUUAAAUAUGCUCAGGAUCACUACGCCAUCGUAAAGCAGUUCAACCGUUAUCCGCAUCGCAAUGCAUUGCUUGGUCGAGAAAGCACAGCCGAGGAAACCGAAUACCUAUCAAACUCAACGAAUGAAUUCGAAAAAUCAGUACAAAAGAAAGUUACAACAACGACAACAAUAACAACAUCAUCAACAACAACAACAACAGAACCAUCAUCAUAA